CGGUUACAGGAAGUCAAAGUGAAUCAGAAGAAUCCCGUCAGAGAGAAUGAAGAGUUCAUCGUAUCCUGUAUCGCCCAGGGCUCCUCGCACAUGACCUUCACCUGGUUCAAGGAUGGUGUAUUUGUUAACCACAGCAAGUCCAUCAGGAAUAUGUGGACGAAGCUGAUACCUAUGGGAUCAGAAGACCAGUACAACGCAAUGCUUGGAAUUGAGAGUGCCACUCCUUUGGACGCCGGUUGGUACACGUGCCAAGUCGUCGACUUGGAGGUGCAACAGUGCAAGUCUGUAUACGUCGAGGUGCUGUCUCAGCCACAAGUCAAGAUCUCCCCAAUGAGCGUAACGGUGGAACGGGGAGAAGACGUGACAGUGAAGUGCAUGUCGACGAGCAGCUACCAGCGGCAUGAGAAGUAUGGCUACAACUGGACAAAGAACAAGGCUCUGUUCCCAAUGAUGCGAAACAAAAUUAUCUGGGAAGAUUUGUAUCCAUCCGGGAGCAUCCUCAAGAUCUUUAAAGCGCAAAAAUCAGCAAUAUUCGACUGCCAGGUGCAAGGCAGCGUGGCGAGCAACUCCGCGAGCGUUACGGUAGAGGUGGUGAACAAGUCUGUGGUGGCGCUGACCGCCGUGCCCUGCCCCGCCACCCACGCGGGUCGUGCCGCCACCCGCCGCUGCGUCCUCACCGACACUCACCGCGCUUCCUGGCAGCGCCCCGACUUCUCGCAGUGCCGCCGGCCCGCGCUCGCCCACAUCCACAGGAAGACGCAUCUAUCACUGCUGGGACACAAAACACUGCCUGCCACCCAUGGCUACCAGCAACCGCCAGCAGCUUCGCCAGCAGCCUCGCCAUCUCCGACCAGAGUGCCCGGAAAUACGGCGAUGCAGCAACAGCAGCGGCGGCUGCAAGGGCGCACAGUCAGCAGCCGCGGGCCGUCGCGCUUCAAAUGCCGUGGUAUUGACCUCGCCCGCCAUCGUUACUUGCAGUUCCAAGUCAAUGGUUGUAAAGGAGCUGGAUUUAUCUUGUUGACUUUGGGAUAUCAAAACACAACUGGAGCAGAAACACUCGCUGACACAUUAGCUCUCCUCAAAAAACUAACCAGGUUAUUACCAGGUGAAGGAGAGCAAGUCUUGGAUUUGCUUCAUGACGUCCAAAGCUACUUGAAUCAAACAAAUUUCCUCGAUGACAUUCUCGCUUCCGUGAAUGACUUCUACGAAAUAAUAAGUAUAUUACUGGAUAAUCCAUUUUCCAUCCAAAAUCCUGAGAAAAUCGUACAGUUACAGGAACUUGUGAAUCAAGAAAGUAUUAUAUGGGGCUCAUUUCUGAUCCCGAUGAAGACAUAUAAACUGCAAUUAAGUUCAAUUGAGCUUAUCGUCUCUCCAUUUAAGACUACAUCACUUACGGGAAAAACUUUUCAGAAACAUUUCACCAGUACUUCCACAACAGUAAUUAAUAAGAUGACUAUUUACAUUGAUGCUCUGAAAAGAAGAGCAUACUUGAAUGGAACUUACUGCAUUGCUGUGGUUAUCUACAGAAACCUAACAAGAUUUCUUCCUGCAAGAUACUCCUGCAAGAUGGGGGAUGGGACUGAAAUGGAGUAUGAAAUCAAUUCACAAGUUGUAACAGUCCAACUAGGACAUGGCAGAUCACUGCUCCAUCCGGCUCCUGGUACCUUCCAAGUGGAUCUUGAAAUGGAACAAGUGAUAAAAGAAUACAACCCUUUAAGAUGGAAGAGUACUUGCGCAGUGACAAGCGUUGCUCAGGUUGAGCAUUCUUGGAAUAUAGAAGGCUGUAAGACACACACUGGAGCCAACAACAUUUCCAGCUGUCGUUGCUAUCAACCUGGAAGUUUUGCCAUCCUAAUGACGUCUCAUAAUGCAGUGCUUACUUCUGCUCCUACUAUCAACCAACACCUGAUUCCUUUGGUGGGCUGUAUUGUAUGUUUGCUGCAAACUAUGAUGACACUAGUUCUGCUUCUACCCCAUUGGUGGUAUCAUCAAAACUGUCUUGUGUUCCUGAAACUACAGUGUAGUUUAGCUGUCAUGGCUGCAAUGAUUACAUUUGUAUACGUCUUUCAAGGAAGUGUUGGAAAGGAGUUCUUUCCAUACGUAACUACUAGUUUAGAAGCAUUUAUGUUGAUUGGUAAUUCAUCACACAUCAGCAAAUUGCUAAUUGUGUACACUGAAGUGGUCAAAAUUCCAAAGGUGAAACAUCUUAAACAAACUGUAAUUUGCAUCAUAACAGGUGUUCCAGUUCUGGCACUUCUUUGCAGUCACUUAGUGCAUCAUUCAACAGAUUGGAACUUAAACUCCUGGUGGCUCAUUAUUGGAAGCACUACAUUCAAUAUAUUUAUAACUUCAAUCACAAUAAUGCUUCUUCUAUUUGCAUUCCUGUAUUUCAUGGUUAUCAGAAAACUGUCCAAUUAUUCACGAGAAAGACACUCAGGAACGAAGAGUGUUAAAUAUCGAACUGGUCUUCUAAAGAGAGCUGGGAUCAUAUUUCUCAUGAUGGUCAUUGUGGAAAUUUCAAGUAUACUCUACAUCAAUCUCCAAACUGUGACAUAUCAUUAUGUGUUCAGUGUUUCAACAAGCUUGCUGGGCUUCUCAGUACUAGUAUGUUACAUUAUAUCAAGUGAAUGUCCACUACAUACAAAAUUGCUUCAUAAGCUGAAGUUAGUGAAAACAGCAGAUGUGGAUUUCAGCUCUGAUUCGUUAAACAGCCCUCUUCGAUUUUUCAUGAAGCAAGAAGCUGAUUUAGAAAGCACUGCAGCACCCCACCAUCGAGUAUCUGAACACCAAGAUGGAUCAUGUGAAAGGUCAGGAGAAGAUGAUGGUCUGCUGGUGCUGGAGGAAAGGCAACACAGACCAGUUACUACUGAAGGAGAUCCUAGCACUGUGGAGACCUACAUGACAGAUGAAGAUAUUGACUUGGAAGGGUACAGCAGCAGUCCUCGCAGAUACACCCAGUGCAGAUUUGUGUCAUCCCCUCAACAGGAAACUGCAGUUUGUUACAUAAACAGAACCUCUUCAACCACAGAAGCGAACAUUCAUGCUGAGGUUGAUACAACUGUACAUGAAACUGAAGCCAUACCUGAUAACAAUGCUAUUUCAGAGGACAGAGAACAAGAAAAACCAUACAGUGAUCACAGUGCAGAGCAUUCAGAAAAUGUUAUGGAUAGAAUAUCACAUGAUCUGGAUUACUUAUUGAACAGGUGGCCCCCAGACCACCGUGUGAGUAGGUUUUCAAUUAGCAGUACAAUUCAGGAAGAGGAUGAAGAAGAUGAAGAUUUGCAGGUCUAA